AAGGGCAAUUCGGACACUAGCAAUUUUGAAACACUGCUUAUUCAAGGACCGUUGUUGAGAUUCAAGAUCAUUUGAGUGAAGUGAAACAGGAGUGCUUUUAGGUACAAUAGAAUAGUGCAAUAGCUGGAACACGUCUAAAUAUGGCUGCCACUUCCACGGAUGCAAUUAUGCUGGAAUUGGAAAAGGAAGGGAUACCAUGGAUCAAGUCGGAAAUCUACGAAAAGCGAAAAGCAAGGGAACAAAAAGAGCGCGAGAAGAACAAUCCCAUGAAGUUGUGCGUUUUAAAGUUUGAUCACUUUGAGAAUAUCCACAGGUUACCAAAAGAGAUUCCAAUUCUAGAAGGAGCGCCCAAUUUUCGACAAGUCCCGGGUUAUCUUGUGUUUGGUACUGGACAACCAACCAAAGAAGGUUUCAAAGUGGCCUUGCAACAUAUCUUUGAUGACACAAAUGCCAAAAAGGUUCUGUGGACAAGCAUGCGACAAGAACCUGUGGUAUACAUGAAUGGCCAAUCAUUCACUCCUCGACUUUUAGAAAGGAUGAAUGAAAAUAUGGAGUUUCCAGAUGCCACUCCAGAAUACAUUGAAUGGCUUCAAGAUGUGUUUGUCAAUGUUAUUCAGCUUCAGAUUGAAACCUCUAAAACUGAUAGGAAGGUACCUAAGCAAGAUAUGGGCAAGCAUGUCAGCUUCCAAACGGAUAAAAUGGUGAGUUUUUUCCGAGAUACUUACGCGGAACAUCCGGAAGAUCGAGAAAAUAUUGAAUAUAGAGUCAAUUUGGAAUCAAAUGAUGCUCUUGUGACCUUAAGCGGAAUGUACGAGCAAUUGCGGGAACAUGGGUUUAACUUGGAAUACGCCAGGCUUCCAAUUGUGGAUGAAAAAGCCCCUAGAGAAGCCGAUUUCGACACGAUCUUAAACACCUUAAAGGCCGAACCCGUUGACACAGCAUGCGUGUUCAAUUGUCAAAUGGGCAAAGGCCGAACCACCACAGGAAUGGUCCUCGCUUGUCUCUUCAAGGACGUCCUUUUCGGGGACGCAACGAAAACUUAUCCUAAAGACGAGGUUGUGGAUCCGAAGAAAUUUGAGGACAAGGACGAUUAUACCAAUGAGGUUGCUCGAAGAGGUCAAUUCAUGGUUUUGGAAAAGAUCUACAAGUACAUUCCAGAGGUGAAAGAUGCCAAGGCUCAUUUAGACCACAUCAUUGACUUAUGUGGAGUUCCUCCCCAAGGCACUGGGCUCCAAAACCUAAGAGAAUGUAUCAUUUGGACCAAGCAGAAAUACGUGUUCGAACCCAAAAUCAAAAAGGCCUUUUGGAAACAGAUGAGCGUCAACUUUAUCGAGAGAUAUUGCUAUUUGAUCAUGUUCACCACUUACGUCAAAAGCGAAGCUCCCCGAGGUUUCCCGUGGACGUUUGUUCAAUGGAUGGAUCAACGAGCCGAAAUCCGAGAGAUCAUCAAUCAGGGAAAGAAGAAUUUUGAUUGGACAUAAAUCAUCAAUCAUAUUUCCUCGUAUGAAUUUCUUAACAAUGUAUUCCUGGAACAACACGUGUUCUCUAUGAA